GAUGCAUUAAUGGCGAUUCGACCGAGAAUCCGUAAAAGGGUUCAAGCUGUUCGUCGUGCUGCCGAUGGAAGCGCUUUCGAGAAAUGUGAAGAAUGUGGCGUUGCGAUCGCGAUUGCUCUGUUUGAUAUGCACGAGUGCGGUGAGAAAAGAAGGGAAGUGAAGAGAUUCAAGUACAUUUCGAGUCCCAAAAUCGAUAAUAUCUCGAAACCAACCGGCUGCUUUGAAGAUGAACCCAGAUCACCAUUCAUCUUCUUCUUGUACAGUAACCAAAACCUUCCUCUAGAGAAUUUCAUGAAAAAUCACGGUGGAGACUUGGUGGAUGCUAGUAGAAUAUGUUUCAAUGAGUGGAAGUUAAUGUCAACAGAGGAACAAGGACCCUUCAUAGCCCUUGCUGCCGAAGUUGAUUUGGCACACAACAGGAAAUUAAAAGAAGAAGCUAAACGUAUUUAUAAGGCAGAUGAUGAGGCAGAUUCGAAAACUGAUGCGAAAUUUGACAAGGUCAGAGUCAUGUUUGUUUCUUACAUAAUCAAAAGAGGGAAGACGAAACUCUUCUAA